AUGUUGAAAACACCGAAAGUAGAAGAACCGGGAAAUGUUCCGAAGAAAGGCGCAAAGGGGAAGGGCUUGGCGGGAAUAAUAAAAAGAAAAACAUCAAAGGCAACGGCGAGACCUACGAAAGAGCGAAAGUAACAAGUCUAAUGUUAUAUAUAGUUGUUCGAUUGCAGAAACCUAUUUCGAGGUCGAAGAUGUCACUUUCAAAUUCUGUGGACCUAUCGGUCAAACAAGCACACACCUCGGUAUAAAAUUAGCAAUUCACGAUGACAAAAAUGAAGAUGAUGAGCGAGCAAGGAUAAAGUAAAGUGAUGACGUUCUACACCAAGAAUGACAACACUAAAACACGAACCACGAACAUCAGGCCCCUGAUUAUCCUAGUGAUUAGCCUCACAAUAAUUACGUCUUGAGCUACCCUGAUAGGGUGAAUUUAUACACGACAGCACCGGCGUUCAGAGCACGGGACCACAAAUUCAAAUACGUAUCCGAUCACAACUCCGUCGACCUAUCCGUGUACAUAGAAAACGUCGUCAGAGAUCAACGCGGUAACUACGAC